AUGUAUCCGGAUGAACCAGCAAUUGGAAUCGGUUCAAUGUUUACUCCAGCUCUGUAUGUGAAAGAUCAAACAAAUGUGCAACAUAUCCUGCAGACUGAUUUCAACUCGUUUAAUCACAGAGGUAUAGAAGUAAAUGAAUGUGAUAUACUAGCCAAUAACAUACUGUUCUUAAAUGGGAAUAAAUGGAAAUUACUGCGUCAAAGUAUGAAUCCCCUUUUUACAUCAUCAAAAUUAAACAGUAUGUACUACAUAAUAGAUCGUAGUGCUCAAGAUUUUGUUGAAUUUUUAAAUAAGCAACCAGAAAAAUUAAAAGGUGAUAUGUUUACCAUACUAUGUACAUUUAGUAGUGCUGCCGUUGGAGCUGCUGUAUUUGGAAUUGGAAAUGAGUCAAUUUUUGAUUCACCCUACCAUGCAAUAGCUCAAAAUGCUAUGAAAUCCUCGACAUCGCAAAAUAUUAAGUUUGUGAUGUUAUAUUUAUGUCGACCUUUAUACAAAUUUAUGGGAAUAAAUAUAUUUAAAGACCAUGAAAAAUUAUUUAUUGGUGCUGUAAAGCAAGUUAUUCGCCAAAGAGAACAAGAAAACACAAAGAGCCACGAUCGAUCGAGACUCGAACGACACGAUUUUGUUGAUUUAUGCAUAAAUAUACAAAAUAAUGGUGUCUUAAAAGACCCUGACAAUGGAUUGGAAAUAUAUCCAACAGAUGAAGUUUUGGCAGCGCAAGCGUUCUUUUUCUUCAUCGCUGGUGUUCAACCUAGUGCGUUCGCUAUGUUUUCAACAUUGGUAGAAUUAGGGCGUAAUUCUUACGAUCUAAAACGUGUCCAUGACGAAAUUGAUAAAACAUUUGAGAAACACAACACCAUAACUGUUGACACCCUUCAAGAAAUGAAAUAUCUGGAUAUGUCUUUAAAUGAAGCGAUGAGAAUUCAUCCCGCAGUUGGAUACUUAACUAGAGAAUGUGUUCGUGAUACCGUAUUACCAGUUGGAAAUAUCAAAGUUAAUAAAGGUACAAAAAUAUUUUCACCUAUUUACGAAUAUCACCAUGAUCCUAACAUAUUUCCAAAUCCCAAAGUUUUUAAGCCGGAGAGAUUUUCCCGUGAAAAUCGGAGUACAUUACCAAACAAUGUUUUUAUGCCAUUCGGUAAAGGUAACAGACUUUGUAUUGGCAAUAGAUAUGCCACUUUGCAAGUGAAGUCUGGACUAGUUCACUUACUACGUCGUUUCUCGGUAAAAACAUACAUGGACGGAGAUGAAAUUAAGUACAGCAAGCACCAUACAAAUGUGGUCCCAUCUAAUAUAAAUUUUGAAUUUAUUCCUAGAAAUAUGAAAAGCACUGUAUAG